UGCGAAAGACUGCGCAUGUCUCGAAGUCUUUACCUGCUUUCGGACUGAGCUUCACAUGGUCUCAAGUGAUCGCCAGCCUUCCCUCACUGCGAAGUAACCAGAGCGUGUGCCUGAGGAGAGGGCGGCCUGCCUUCCCGAGGAGCAGCGGGAACACAGACAUACAGAGAAGGCACUGCCAGCCAGUGCCACAGACCUUGGGGCACCUGCCUCCGGGGCUGCGCGUCUAUGACUGCUGCAGGGAACUCUCACUUUUGGAGAACGCAAUUUGUCAUGACUGCGAUCUGGUACACUAAGUGAGUUCAAAGAAAGAAGCAAAGUUGCAGCGGAAGUUUUGGUGACUGCAGACAACAGUGUGUUGCUGUUUUUGGAGCUAAAGGUUGAGGCUGUUACUGCGACUGUUAGUGAUUCCUCUCUCUCCUAUUUCACCACCUCGGAACCCCAGCCCUCCUGGGGUGGUUUGUCGCGAUGUCUAAACCCGCGGAUCACGUUAAGCGGCCCAUGAACGCUUUCAUGGUGUGGUCCCGGGCACAGAGGAGGAAGAUGGCCCAGGAAAACCCCAAGAUGCAUAACUCGGAGAUAAGCAAGCGGCUGGGAGCUGAGUGGAAGCUGUUAAGCGAGUCCGAGAAGCGACCUUUCAUUGACGAGGCCAAGCGGCUGCGGGCGCUGCACAUGAAGGAGCACCCGGAUUAUAAAUACCGACCCCGCCGCAAACCCAAGACCCUGCUCAAGAAGGACAAGUUCGCCUUCCCCCUGCCUUACCUAGCCGAUCAGGACGGCCUAAAGGCGGCGGCAGCGGGGCUGCCGGAUUCCCUGCUGGGCUCGGCCGACAAAGCCCGGCUGCUGUUCCCGCACCCCGCCAGCCCGUACCCGCUUUUCGAUGCCAGCCCGUUGGGCUCCAAGCUCAGCGAGCUGUCCUCAGGCUCUCUGCCGUACGGAUCGCCGCUGGCUUACCAAAGCGGGGCGGCUGCGGCUGCGGCUGCGGCGGCCGCCUUCAGCGGAGCUCACACUCACAGUCACCCGUCUCCCGGGAACCCCAGCUACAUUCUGCCGUGUAACUGCAGCACCUGGCCGCCCUCAACCCUGCAGCCGCCCCUGGCUUACAUCCUCCUGCCCGGCAUGGGCAAACCCACGAUAGAACCGUAUCCUGCCGCUUAUGCAGCUGCCUUAUGACGACAGUCUCAACAAACGACAAAGUUUUCUUUAAUUCAAAAACAGGAUCGCACUCGUUGCUUACUCAACCCAGAACAUCCCCUACCACCCCCAAUUCCCCCCCCCCCCCACCUCCCCCC